GAGCCAGCAGCCGCGAGCCCGCCAGCCGAGCCAUGGGCUGCGACGGCCGCGUGUCCGGGCUGCUCCGCCGCAACCUGCAGCCCACGCUCACCUACUGGAGCGUCUUCUUCAGCUUCGGCCUGUGCAUCGCCUUGGGGCCCACGCUGCUGGACCUGCGCUGCCAGACGCACAGCUCGCUGCCCCAGAUCUCCUGGGUCUUCUUCUCGCAGCAGCUCUGCCUCCUGCUGGGCAGCGCCCUCGGGGGCGUCUUCAAGAGGACCCUGGCCCAGUCAUUAUGGGCACUCUUCACCUCUACCCUGGUCAUCUCCCUGGUGUUUGUCGUCAUCCCCUUCUGCCGAGAUGUGAAGGUGUUAGCCUCGGUCAUGGCGCUGGCUGGCCUGGCUAUGGGCUGCAUCGACACGGUGGCCAACAUGCAGCUGGUGAGGAUAUACCAGAAGGACUCAGCCUUCUUCCUCCAGGUGCUCCAUUUCUUUGUGGGCUUUGGUGCUCUGCUGAGCCCCCUGAUCGCCGACCCCUUUCUGUCAGAGGCCAAUUGCUUUCCUGCCAAUAGCACGGUCAAUGCCACCUCCAGAAGCCACCCAUUCCAUGCCUCCCAAGUCCUGGGCCAGCACCACAUAGGAGCUCAGCCUUGGGCCAACCAGACGAUCCCUGGGCUGCCCCCAAAGGAUGGGCCUGAGAACCACGUGUCCUAUGCCUUCUGGAUCAUGGCCCUCAUCAAUCUUCCAGUGCCCCUGGCCGUGUUGUUUCUGCUGUCCAAGGAGCGGCUGCUGACCUGUCCUCAGAGGAGGCCCCUUCUCCUGCCUGCAGAUGAGCUUGCCCUGGAGACCCGGCCUCCUGAGAAGGAAGACACCUCACUGCCCCCAAAGUUUCAGCCAUACCCAGGGCAUGAGGACCUGUUCAGCUGCUGCCAGAGGAAGAACUUCCGGGGAGCCCCUUGUUCUUUCUUUGCCAUCCACAUCACAGCCGCCCUGGUCCUAUUCAUGACAGAUGGGAUGACGGGGGCUUAUUCUGCCUUUGUGUACAGCUAUGCAGUGGAGAAGCCGCUGUCUGUUGGACACAAGAUGGCCGGUUACCUCCCCAGCCUUUUCUGGGGCUUCAUCACCCUAGGUCGGCUCAUCUCUAUUCCUGUCUCCUCAAGAAUGAGACCAGCCACCAUGGUGUUCAUCAAUGUGGUGGGCGUGGUGGUGACAUUCCUGCUCCUGCUUAUUUUCUCCUACAACGUCAUCUUCCUGUUCGCGGGGACAGCAAGUCUGGGCCUGUUCCUGAGUAGCACCUUCCCCAGCAUGCUGGCCUACACCGAGGACAUCCUCCAGUACAAAGGCUGUGCAACCACAGUGCUGGUGACGGGGGCAGGAAUUGGCGAGAUGGUUCUCCAGAUGCUGGUUGGUUUGAUCUUCCAGGCCCAGGGCAGCUACAGUUUCCUGGUCUGUGGCGUGAUCUUUGGCUGCCUGGCUUUUACCUUCUACAUCCUGCUCCUGUUUUUCCACAGGAUGCACCCUGAACUCUCGUCGGUUCCUACCCAAGACAAAUCACUCGGCAUGGAGAAUUCUGAGUGUUACCAGAGGUGAAACAAGGUCAGGAGGCAAGUGAGGACCUCAGCCUUCCAAGCACCAACGUGGCCAAACUGUCACAGGAAGCCGAGGGACUCUUUCACCACCCUAGUUGGAACCUUCUCCAUUCCUACCUGGUUGGAUAGAAGAAAUUAAAUUUGAGUACUGGUACCUGGAUCCUUCCCAGGAAAUCAUUACACACUUACCUGACAAUUCUAGUUACCUUCCUCUUCCCUGGUUCAGACUCACUGUCCACGACACCCAGACGGGAGGGCAGAAGACAGCUGUGCACGUCACUUCAUCUGUCGCUUCAUGCAUGGACCACACCAUGGGUUUGAGAUCACUUUUAGUUGAAGUUUGAAAAACUAGGUUAAAAUCGUAAAGCUUGAUAAUCAUUGCUAUAUUAGAUACAUUUUAAGUUAAUCAAAACAAACCCCAAGUUAUGGCAUGUUCAAAGGGUUUAUGUGCUUUUUACUUAACCAGUAGUCCAAAAUUCCUCCCAUACCUGCUGUAGAGCCCGUUAGUUUAUCUGUAUCCUAAAACAUCGAAAGGAGAAGUUGCAUCUUGUCAUCUUUGGGACACUAAUUCAGCGGUAUGCCGGGCUGGCUCACACGAGCUUAGAAAAGCUGUUACAUUUUC